CCGGGAGGAGGGGCUCGAGUUCCGCGUCGUCGCGCAGAGCUGACUCUGGGAGGCGUUUGGGCCCAGAGAAGUGGAUCGGUAGCUUUCGCCGCAUGGAGUCCGAAUCGGAGAGCGGAGCGGCCGCUGACACCCCGCCUCUGGAGACUCUGAGCUUUCACGGAGAUGAAGAGAUCAUUGAGGUGGUAGAGCUGGAUCCAGGCCCCCCGGACCCGGCAGAUGAUCUGGCUCAGGAGAUGGAAGACGUGGACUUUGAGGAAGAGGAAGAAGAAGAGGAGGGCAAUGACGAGGGCUGGGUCCUGGAACCCCAGGAAGGGGUGGUCGGUAGCAUGGAGGGCCCGGAUGAUAGUGAGGUCACCUUUGCAUUGCACUCAGCAUCUGUGUUUUGUGUGAGCCUGGACCCCAAAACCAACACCUUGGCAGUGACCGGGGGUGAAGACGACAAAGCCUUCGUGUGGAGGCUCAGUGAUGGGGAGCUGCUCUUUGAGUGUGCAGGCCACAAAGAUUCUGUGACAUGCGCUGGUUUCAGUCACGAUUCCACCCUAGUGGCCACAGGGGACAUGAGUGGUCUUUUGAAAGUAUGGCAGGUAGACACCAAGGAAGAAGUCUGGUCCUUUGAAGCAGGAGACCUGGAGUGGAUGGAGUGGCACCCUCGGGCCCCUGUUCUGUUGGCGGGCACAGCCGAUGGCAACACUUGGAUGUGGAAGGUCCCGAAUGGUGAUUGUAAGACCUUCCAGGGCCCCAACUGCCCUGCAACCUGUGGCCGCGUCCUCCCUGACGGGAAGAGAGCUGUGGUAGGGUAUGAAGAUGGGACCAUCAGGAUCUGGGACCUCAAGCAAGGAAGCCCCAUCCAUGUACUGAAAGGGACUGAGGGUCAUCAGGGCCCUCUGACCUGUGUUGCCACCAACCAGGAUGGCAGCCUAAUCCUGACUGGUUCUGUGGACUGCCAGGCCAAGUUGAUCAGCGCUACCACUGGCAAGGUGGUGGGUGUGUUCAGACCUGAGACAGUCGCCUCCCAGCCCAGCCUGGGAGAGGGGGAGGAGAGUGAGUCUAACUCUGUGGAGUCCUUGGGCUUCUGCAGUGUCAUGCCUCUGGCCGCUGUUGGCUAUCUGGAUGGAACCUUGGCCAUCUAUGACCUGUCUACACAAACACUCCGGCACCAAUGUCAGCACCAGUCUGGCAUUGUUCAGCUGCUGUGGGAGGCUGGCACUGCUGUGGUGUACACCUGUAGUCUGGAUGGGGUCGUACGUCUCUGGGACGCCCGGACUGGCCGCCUGCUUACUGACUACCGGGGCCACACUGCUGAAAUCCUGGACUUUGCCCUCAGCAAAGAUGCUUCCCUGGUGGUGACCACAUCAGGAGACCACAAAGCGAAAGUAUUUUGUGUCCAGAGACCUGACCGUUAACGGCUACAGCCUCUGGCAUGGUGUCUGGUGUUGAGGGGGAUAAAGGGACACCCCUGCCCCCCAGCAGAAGUUCGGGGUGCAGAGGGAAGAGGAGGGGAGACCACUGGACUGCUUUCCGACCCCUCCAGCUGACCUGCCUACUCCUUGUCCCUUUCGUCCCUGGAGACCCGCCUUGCCAGGCCUGCCCUCCCCUGCCCAGCCCUGGGGCCUUGUAGGAGGCCAUGUCCCUCUCACUUUGAUUCCUGGUGUGAGCCAUGGGGUGCGUCUUUGUAUGUUGGGGGUAGGUCUUUGAGGUUCCCGUUCUUUCCCUUCCCAAGUCUCUGGGGAAGGAAAGGAGGAAGAGAGACUAGUUACAGAUUUUAAAAAUGUAAAUAAAAUAUACUUCCCAUUGGCA